AUGAAAAAAGAAUUGUCACCUGAAGCAUUUGCAAAUAUACAAAAAGCACAGUCAUUAUGUUCAGAAUUGCUUCGACUGUACAUUCAGAAUCUAACAAUUGUUCAAAAAAAGCUAUUUCAGUGUUUCGAUGCAGCAAAAAAUGUAGAAGUUGAUGAAAAAAGCAGUUGGAAAAAGAAAUUUAAUACUCAGUUGAUGGUAUCAAAAGUUUUCAUGACUGUGCUGGAGAAGCAAAAACCAUAUUUGUUUCUUGAAUAUCCAAAAGCAGUAGUUUGUUUACGACAUAUAGUUACACUGAAUGAAGAUGAUCGAACUGGUAAUUUGCUACUUUUGUUGUGGCUUUGCUAUAUGGGGGAAUGGGAAGUUGUAAAGUAUCAACUGAAGACACAGUUAAAGUUAAGUGAAAGCACGAGUAAACAUUAUUCAUUAAUAAUCCAAGUGAUAACUGAAGCAGUUGCUCUAAACAUAGGGAAUAAUGAAGAAAAGGAAAAAGCUGUAAAAACUUUGAAAAGCUAUUGGGCUUCUCUUCAUUCAGAAAAAACUUUUUAUUGCUAUCAGGCAAAAGCUUUAAUCAAAUAUUCGUUGUUUAUUGCUUCACAUUUGCCAGAAGAAGAUUGGAAAAAGGCAUUGGAUCCAUUAAAAUGUCUUGUUGCCGAAUCCAAUAUUCUUUUUUCAUUGACGAGAAGUCGUUAUCGAGAAUUUUGUUCUCUUGAUCGAAACGUGGAUAUUAGUGAUAAGCUGUUUAAUCCAGAUUUUUUCUUGAAUUUAUGCUCGAGUAUAUCUGAGUAUUUCGAUAUGCAUCUUCUGUAUUGUCGUCACCUUCUUGAAAUAGGCAUCCUUCGUGAUUUUGAAGUCUUUGCGUUCAAUUUAUGGCAACAUUCGCUGCGGUUCGGUAUUUUCCCAAGAGUUAUUUCUAUCGGAAAUCUUCUUUUAUCGAGUACUUUGAUGGCAAAAAAUACAAGUAUUAAUGCAAAUAGUGUUCAAGAAGCGCUUGUUUCUUAUUUGCAUCCAACUUCAUGUUGUCGUGAUUCAAUUGCUGUUAAACUUAAUGGAAUUGAAAGACGAACGGAAAGUGAUGAUGGCAAACUCAUUACCAUUAAUUUUGUGGAUGUGGAAAAAUAUCCUGCAAGUUGCAGUUGUUCCCUUUGUCAAACUCGUUCCACUAAUUCUCAGUUUUCGCUUGAUGUGGAAUGUUCUGAAUUUUUUCUGUCCAAAUGCUCUUCGCUAUCAUGGCAGAAAGUUUUGGCAAGAUUUCGUGAAGCAAGUUCAACUGUUUUUCAAAUCAUUCGAGAGCUAGCUAGAACCAUGAACUUCUCUUUCAAAAAUAAGGUAAAAGCAAGCAAGCCACUGCGAGAUAGUUUUUUGUUUGUGGCUGUACGUUUCUUGUUGGAAAAAGCAAUGCUAGAAAAAACGUGUAUUCGUGAUGAAAUUUUGCAAAAAGCCUACAAAGUUUGCUGCCAAAGUCCUUUACAACAUAGACAGUAUUGGCUCCUUAUUCGUCAAAUUGCUCGUAAAUCCAUGCCAAUAAUAGAUGGUCCUUGGAUGAAAAUUCCCGUCGAGCUUAUUGCGGAUCAUAAUGAAUUGUCGGCUAAAUUUAAAGCUUUGUUUGUGUCAAUAAAGUCACAUCGUCGUCACGACUUAACUGAUGCAUACAAUGAACUAAUCCAUAUCGAUAAAAAUUGGUUUCAAUCAGUUCAGUCCAUUUAUGCCUCUUAUCAGAAAGAUAAUAUAAUUAGUAUCACUGAAGCUAAAAGCGAUUUUGAUAAAUUUGGCCAUUUGUUUUAUCGUGAAUGGCGAUUCUUGAUUUGUUCUUAUCUAGCCCAAAUUUAUUUGUCGCUUAAUUUCACCUCUUGGGAUAGCGCAUAUUAUUUCACUGAGGCGACAUGUAUCGCAACUCGUCAAAUAAUGCGAUCUGCAUCCGUCGAUAACUCUUUAAUCUGUUACAACAAUACAGAAGAUUUCAUGGGAGCUGUAAAAAAUAUACCAAAAGAAUUAACAGUGGUGCUGCUUUUUCUCGAUUAUAAUCGAAUACUUUGGCUAAUUCGUCUUCAUUCCGACCGAAAUCCAUUAGUUAUUCCAGUAGUCAAGAUAUCAGAAGAUAGUACUUUGCUCAAUGAUUUCUCGAAAUUGUUGGAAGAGAACGAAGUUUCUGCGAAAUUGUUUAAAUGCACGGACGAAAAUUUCUUCUGGCAGUGGCGACACAGAUUGGACGAGAAGCUUAAGGCAGUUUCCGUUAUGGUCGAGAAUUUAUUUCGUUUGAAUGAAAGAGAUUGGCAGAUGUUAGUAGAACAACUCGCAAGUCUCGAAAAUAUUUCCCAAAAGUCGCUUUCUGCAAUUCUUCAGUCGUAUGGGGUUUGGUACUCUGCUGGGAAACAGUCGCUUCUUUAUGAGAUGAAACAAUAUAGUGUUCUAUCAGUUACUCCUGAAUUGGCGCUAUUUCCAUUUGAAUUAAUGCCGGUUUUGGAAAGCUUCAGUGAAAUAUGCCGCAUACCAUCUCUCUACUUUAUUACAGAACUACUGAAAAAAUCAAAAGAGAUUCCUUUUCAUGCCGAUGGAAAGAAAACAUCAUACUUAUUAGAUCCAGAUGGUAAUCUUCAUGCAACUCGAAAUCGUUUUUCAAGUUUACUGAAAAAGUGUGGUUGUUGGAAAGGUUCUAUUGGUCAAGUACCUAAUAAGAAAGAUCUAUUGCAGUUUAUGGAAACAUCUUGUUUUUUCUUUUACAUGGGACAUGGUAACGGUGCUCGAUAUUUUGGUCAAGAUGGUGCUUUGCGUAAUUCGUGUUGCCGUGCCGUGUCAAUAUUAAUGGGUUGUUCAAGUGCACGAAUUCUUCAUGAAGGUCAAGGUUUCGACGGACGAAGCUGUGUUUAUGACUACCAUAUAGCGAAAUGUCCUUGUCUUAUUGGGUGUUUGUGGAUGGUGACUGAUGGUGAAAUCGACCGAUUUUUUUGCUCGUUCCUGAAGCAUUGUUUUGAUAUUGGACUUGACUCAUCCAGUAGUGAGAAAAGGCCAACCCAUCGUUUUAUACUGGAUGGUCUCGCAUCAGCUCGUUAUGCUUGCAAAUUAAGAUAUUUGACUGGCGCUUCAGUGGUUGCUUAUGGACUUCCAAUUAUCGCUCAAAUUGCUGGAAUAUAUGCUGGUAACAAAAAUUUACCAUAA